ACUUUUUCUUGACCGACUGUAGGUUUCUUAUGUUAUUGCGGCAUGUGCUCCAAUUUGUUGAUAUUGCCGCUCAGCCUGCUGGAUAAGAGUGAGCUUGAAACCCAACGUUGUUAUAUCCCCGACAAUCAUGAGGAGAAAGUCAAGAAAGGGUGGUGCAGGUGUGUCUUGGAGGAUGGCAGCUACUCCAUUUGUCGUGUUUCACAACGCGCGGGAAGUGAAACCUGUUGCUUCCUGGACAAUCUUGUGACCUCGCCGGGAUUUACAGCCAACAAUCAGCGUUUAAGUCGCUUUGAAUGCCUCACAUUGAGCGCUGACAUUGAGAAAGUUUCUUGCAUUGUAACCAUCACUGAGCAGCUGCUCCAGCGUCCACAACUCUCUUUGGAGGAUCUGCGCGAGGAUGUGCGCAUCUUUCUGAGGUACCUGAAGCUGGUCCAGGGCUGUCAGGUGCAGCAUGCUCGCCUCCUGGCACUGGGCAUAUCCAGCAUCGAAAUAUGUGGUCAGGUACCUGGAUUGAGAGAAACCAAUUGCUUUGAGCUGAAACCCGAGACGAAGCUGCACAUUGAGGAUGUGCGUCUGGCGACACCCACAGCAUUACCCAGGCUUAAGCACUACCAUUCACAUGGCUUUGAGGCACCUCUGCAGGCACUGGAGAAUCUACUGAGUAGCGUCAAUAAGGAACAGCUACGUGGCUUGCCUUUGAAUGCUCUCCUUGUGGGCGCUGUGGGAUCCGGCAAGAGUUCUCUUCUGGCCGAGUUCCUGCGUCUGCACAGUUGCAAUUGCUUCUACAUCACAGCCUCCCAUGUGUUGCGCUCCUAUCCCGGCGAAACGGAGCAGCAGCUGAGAACGAUAUUUCAAUCGGCGCACACAUUUAAAGAGCGACUGCGUCCAAAGUUACCAAUUGUUAUAUUGCUGGAGGAUCUGGAACUCUUCUGUCCAGCGUCAUCGUCUUCUACCGACACCAAGAACUCUGGCAAUGCAUUGCGCAUCUCGGCACAGCUCUACAGGCUCAUUGAUGAGCUGCCUCAACGCAGCAGAGGAAUCCUGUGCCUGGCCAGCAGCAGUUCCCCCGAUGCCGUUGAUAGUCAAGCCCGUCGUGCUGGACGCUUUGGUCAUGAAGUGAGCAUAGAGAUGUCCACGGAGGAACAACGUCGCCAAUUCUUUGCUGCACUCUGGAGGGAUGAGCAACCGCAGUCAGAGCAUCUGACGCCGACAUUGUUGGACUACGUCGCCCAACACACGCAGGGCUAUGUUGUGGGCGAUCUCACGUUGCUUUUACGCCAGCUGCAACAGAAGAUGCUGAGUCGCAGUUCAUCCUCUGAUGAUUUCGAGUCCCUUCUCCGCCAGACGCUGCUGCAGUGCCAACCAAGCGCCUCCCGCUCCACCGAUGUGCGCGUCCUGAAGAUGACAACAGGAUUUGAGAUGAUUGGUGGCAUGGAGUCACUGAAGCGCACGUUGCAAGUGGCCGUUUUGGCUGCACUGCAGCAUAGUGAGGCGCAUGCACGUUUCGGCUUGAGUCUGCCCCGAGGUGUGCUGCUUUAUGGACCACCUGGCUGUGCCAAGACGACCAUUGCCAAGUGCCUGGCCAAGGAGGCACACAUGACAUUCAUUGCCACAUCCGCAGCUGAGGUUUAUUCCCCUUACGUCGGCUGUGCCGAGCGCUUUAUAACACAGAUCUUCAAUACAGCGCGGAAGAACGCACCUUGUCUGAUAUUUCUGGACGAGAUUGACUCGCUUGUGGGUCGUCGUACAGUUGGCAAUGGCACCGGAGGCGGUAGCAGUGUCCAGCUGCGUAUACUCUCCACUUUGCUCACCGAGAUGGAUGGCAUUGUCAGUGCUGGAGGACAACAACAACACAUACUCGUCGUGGCGGCCACCAAUCGUCCAGAUAUGAUUGAUGAUGCUCUCCUACGUCCUGGUCGCUUUGAUAAACUUAUACAUGUGCCUGUACCGGACUUGAAAUCCCGCCUGGCACUGUUGCAACUUCAUGGCACUCGGAUGCCCUUCGAUGUCAAUCUGCAGCUGGAGAAGAUCGCCGAACGCACUGAACGCUUCUCUGGCGCCGAUCUCUGCAACUUGUGCAACGAAGCAGCCAUUGAGGCUUUCCAACGUGACUUCAAUGCUAGCCAGAUUGAGUUGCAGGACUUUGACACGGUCCUGGCCAGACUAAAGUCAUCUUUAAGCCAAAACCAAAUUGACAGCUACUAUAAAUUUGCCUCAAGAUAUUUGUAAGACUUAAUGUUAGUCUUUAGACACAUUGAAACAGACAGAAGGAGGCAUCUCCGACCCUAUAAAGUAUUUAAGUUCUUGGUAUAUUUUUAUAAAUUACCUCAUCAAAAUUUUACUCUGUUUUUCCGAGGAAACAUGGGAAAAAGGUUUCUAAAAAAUUUUUUCUAAAAUGGAUUGGAAAUUUUUGUAAAUUAACAAAAUUGGGAU